UACGGCAAAUAGUCAUUCAGUUGACUAUCUUUGACAGUGGAAAGUAUUUCAACGUCGUUUUCAAGUGGGUUUUAUUUAACGCUUUGAUUAAAAAUGGCAAAUUGGGAGAAUAACGAAGAGAUCGAAAUUUUUCGUGAAUAUUUGAGGAUUCCAAGCGUUCAUCCGAACAUCGACUAUGAACCGUGCGUUGAGUUUCUUAAGAAACAAGCGAAAAGUUUAGAUUUGCCCGUGUCUGUGUAUUAUCCCGUGAAUGAUAAAAAUCCGGUGGUCGUUUUGACAUGGAAAGGCACUCAGCCCAAUUUGCAGUCGAUUAUUCUAAACUCACACAUGGAUGUGGUGCCAGUUUUUGAAGAGCAUUGGACACACCCACCAUUUGCAGCCGAUAUCGAUAAAGACGGAAAGAUUUUUGCAAGAGGCGCACAAGAUAUGAAAUGCGUGGGCGUUCAAUACUUGGCUGCAAUUCGAUCAUUGAAACGUGACGGUGUUCAACAACUUAAGCGCACCAUUCACGUUGUCUUUGUACCGGACGAAGAGGUCGGUGGAUAUCUGGGAAUGGCCAAAUUUAUUGACACCGAUGAAUUUAAAGCACUCAAUGUUGGAUUUUCAUUAGACGAAGGCAUUGCAUCGCCAAACGAAGUAUUUAACGUAUAUUACGCUGAGAGAACUAUCUGGCAAAUCGAAUUCAAAUGCCAUGGACAGUCUGGUCAUGGUUCGAUGCUAUUUCGAGGAACUCCAGGAGAGAAAAUUCAUUACAUCGUUGAUAAAUUUAUGAACUUCCGUAAAAAGGAAGCUGAAAAAUUGGAGAAUAAUCCGGAAUUGACACUAGGAGAUGUAACAACAGUGAAUAUGACUAUUCUCAAAGGUGGAGCUCAAGGAAAUGUUGUUCCACCCGAGCUAAAUGUGACCUUUGACAUUCGCAUAGCCAAUGAUAUCAAGCUCAAUGAUUUUGAAAAAAUGAUUAAUCAAUGGUGCGAGGAAGCUGGAGGUAACAUUGAAUUGAAUUACUCUCACAAGUUUCCACAGGCACCAAUCACACCCACUGACAGCUCAAAUAUAUAUUGGACAGCAUUUAAAAGUGCUGUAGAAGAACUAAAUUUGAAGAUAAAAUGUGUAGUUUUUCCGGGCGGUACUGACAGUCGAUAUAUUCGUAUGGAAAAUAUUCCAGCACUUGGUUUCAGUCCAAUGAACAAUGUUCCGAUUUUGUUACACGACAACGAUGAAUACAUCCCAGCAGAUACAUAUCUGACUGGAAUUCAGAUUUAUAAGAAAAUUAUACCGAAUUUGGCCAAUGCUUGAAUUUUCCCUGCACAUCGAUACUGAUCGCUUAAAUUCUAAGAGACUCUGUUUUUUUAUAAUGCUAAGAUUCUAGCAUGUUUUGUUUGCCUUUCAAAAAUAAACUAAAUUCGUUUGAGUAUUAAAUUUAAAUUUA